GAGGAGCAGACCUCAUCUCGCAAAGUCAACCAGCACCGGCGCCGACUGCGCGAGGGAGCCGACCGUCAGCGACCCCCCGGUGCAGUCGAGCCGCCGCUGAAGCUCGCUCGCACGGAGCAGAGCGGGCCCGUUAGGCGCCAGCUGUCCACCUACCUGACUGGAGAGCGCUGGGAUCAGGGGCCCGAGUGGCCGCUGGAAAGCUGGUGCCAACUGCUUUGCGACGACCUGACCUCGCCACAAUGGGAGGUCCGCCACGGCGCCGUUACUGCCCUCCGCGAGACGCUGAAAAGCCAGGGCACAGGCGCCGGCCGCCGGCACGGGCUCACCGAGCAGCAGAUGACUGAGCGACACCGGCUGCGCCUGGAGGACCUGGCUUUGCGCCUGGUGCGCCUACUGGCACUGGACCGAUUCGGCGACUACGUGGCCGAUCAGGUGGUGGCACCGGUGCGCGAGACGGCUGCACAAGCGCUGGCCGCCGCGCUGCACCUGCUGCCGGUGGGCUCCGUGCUGGAGCUGGCGGCCGUGCUGCUGCUGCUGCUGCGCCGACCCGAGUGGGAGGUGCGCCACGGCGGCCACCUGGCGCUGCGCUACCUGCUGGCUGUCCGCGGCCACCAGCUGCCGCCCGAACGGCUGCGCACCCUGCUCCAGGCCGCCAUCCGAGGGCUGGGUGACGUGUGUGACGACGUGUCUGCGGUGGCUGCCUGCUGCCUGGUGGCCUCAACGGAGUGGCUGGUGCGCCUCCUUCCAGCGUCGGCCGUGGCCGCUCUUGUGCACACAUUGUGGCACUCUCUCACAGAGCUGGAUGAACUGAUGACCUCGACGCCGUCAGUGCUGCAGCUGCUGGCGACGCUCAGCUGCCGGGCCGAACUGGCUGCAGACAGGACGUGGCUGCCGGACGUUGUGCCGCGACUAUGGCCGUUCCUGGGCCACCCCAGCUCCAAUGUGCGCCGGUCGGCAGUGAAGACACUGAGUCAGCUCGUCGGCACACAGGAUCUGGAUGCAUGGUCUCCACAGCUGAUCGAGGCCGCUCUGAGGUUCACUUUCCAGCGGGCCGUGGUGGAAAGCCACGAUGACAUCCUAGAUCUGCUAGUUAAGACGUGGACGUGUCUGCUCUGCCGCUCGCCGCUGGCCACGCUACUCACGGCUGCGUGUCCUCACGUGGCCUCCUGGCUCUGUAUUCUAAUGCAGCCCACCAGGGUGGCCAUCAACUCAGCACUACUGUUAACGCCACCCGCGCCGAGCGGUCGUGCUGCCGGCGCGGCCACGAGCUCCGCGCCCAGCCGGGAGCUGUGCCAGCUGCAGUACCUGGGUGGUCCGGCAGCAGCUGCCGCCGGCGGCGAGCAGCGCGAGCGGGCCGCCACCCGUGCGCGGCUCACCGGCGCCGCCCUGCUGGGUGUCCUCAGCCGCUACAUUGUGCAGCCCAUGCCCGGUGCCAGCUACGAGGACAUGUCACCGCUCACCUCCUAUGUGAGCCUGCUCAGCGCUCAUCUCGGCUCUGUGUCGGCCUUGCAGCGCUCCGUGGUGGGCCACGUGCUCGCCGAAUGGGCCCAGGCGUGCCCCGAGCCGCCGCUGCCCGACAGUCUGGUACACCGGCUGCACGUCUGUCUCUCGGAGCCCGUCUGCUAUGACGAGAUGGCCGUGAGCUUCUCCCGCCUACAGCAGGACUGUCGCGACUACCUGGCUCUGCUCAGACACUAUAAUCUGCCCGUGGACGACAGCCUCCAGACUGCACGUGUGCUGAGUUUCGAGCAAAUCCGCCAGUUGAGCGGCCCGGUGUCUGCCGAGCUGCUCGCUGGCGUCCAGGACAGCCUCUCGGCUCAGGUCACCGAGACACUGCAGCUCCGCCAGCAGUCGGUCCGCACAGCCAGCCACCUGGUGGGCGACGAGCAGACUUGCUGGGCCACCAGGACCCAGAUGGCGCUGGCCCGUCCGCUUGUGCUGAUGAAUCGACUCACCGACAAACUGAACCCCGUGGUGCGGCCGCUGAUGGAGAGCAUCAAACGCGAGACCGAUCCUCGGCUGCAGGUAGGUCAGCGCGCUAGCGGCGGACCACAGCAGCACACCGAGACUGAGCACAACACCCGACUGACGCGACAAGAGAUCGUGGCCAGCACGUCCAUCGUCGGAAGGGCUCGAGACCGCCGGCGUCUCGUCGCCCUCGAGGCCAUCCUCAUCAAGGAGAGAGACCCGGCCAUAAAUCGGCAGCUGAACGCUCGGGGUAUUCUACAGCUAUACGACGGGUGCCGCCUGGCCACAUAA